CUCCUGCUGAUACAGCAGGCCAAGCCCGCCGGCGGCAGCAAAUCCUCGAGCGGCGGUCCAACGUACAUCGGAACCGAUGCCGCCACGGCAGCGGCGGUGGCCAAUCUGCGCAGCAAGGUGCCCUCCAUCUCGAUAAUCCCGCUGCCCGUCUCCACCACCAUUGUGGCACGAAGUGGCGGCGCUGCCUCUGGUGCUGGCGGCAGUGGUGGAGCACCCGCAGCCCUGCCCCAGCUGAUCCAGACGUCCAGGAGUGUGUCCACCAAGUCCACGGGCACCUCUCCCCCCCUGGCCUUUAUCGCGGAAGGUUCUGGCACAUCGGGAGCUCCCGCCCUGACCCUGCUGCCACGCCCCCAGCAGCAGCACCAGUAUCAGCAGACCGACAAGUGCACGGUCCUCAAGCUGGACGUGUUGAAGCAGCAGUCGGGAGUGGCAGCCAACUCCAGCAGUAGCACCUACCUGCAGAUCGAGCAGCAGCUCAGUGAGCUGGAGGCCGCCGACGAGGAGGAGGAGAAUAUGGCCAGUUUGCUGGGCAGUGCGCCACCCGCUCAAAUCCUGGCCAACCAGCCCAUCAUCGUCAAGAUCGAGCCCACGCAAUCCUUCCACAUCGUGGACGAGGGCGACACGAGGGUGCUGAGCUUGCCCCUCAGUGACGCGGAUAAGCUGGGAGCCAGCUGGAUAGAUCUCAAGGAUAUUGCCGGUCUACAGGCGGGUGGCGGAGCCACCUUGCUGGACGUCUGCUUCGAGCAGGCCAACGAGGAGGGCACCAUCAUAGCCACCGUGCAGCCGGACUUGGAAAACGAUCUCGAGGCUGAGCUGGAGGCGGAGGGCGAGCCCGAGGAUGAGACUGAACCGGAGCCUCCGGCGCCCAAGAGAUUGGCCACCACCAGGCCAGCACAGACGCGGCCACAACAGCAGCAGCAACAACAGCAGCAGCAGCAGCAGCAUCAGGUGAAAUUCCUAUCGGAUCCACCGGCAUUGGCGCGCUCCAGCAGCUUCAGCAGUCUCAGCAGCUUCAGCAGCAUCAGCAAUAUCAGUUCUGUGUGCAAGAACAUGGCCAGCAACGCCAGUCAGGAGGGCACCCUGAAGCGCACCAAGGACCGAACUCCUCCGCCAAUGCUUCCGCUCACGGCUCAGAAACCCGCUGCCACAUCAACGGCAACAUCAGCGGCAUCUGCAGCAUCUGCGGCAUCUGCAACAUCCGCAACAUCAGCAGCAUCAGCAAGUGCAACAUCGGCCAGAGACAACAGCAGAGAACACAGCAGCAGUAGCAGCAAUGGAGCCAUGACAGCUCAAAUUGAGAUAAUUCCAUGCAAAGUCUGCGGCGACAAGUCAUCCGGCGUGCACUACGGAGUCAUCACCUGCGAGGGCUGCAAGGGAUUCUUCCGAAGAUCGCAGAGCUCCGUGGUCAACUACCAGUGUCCGCGCAACAAGCAAUGUGUGGUGGACCGUGUUAAUCGCAACCGAUGUCAAUAUUGUAGACUGCAAAAGUGCCUAAAACUGGGAAUGAGCCGUGAUGCUGUAAAGUUCGGCAGGAUGUCCAAGAAGCAGCGCGAGAAGGUCGAGGACGAGGUGCGCUUCCAUAGAGCCCAGAUGAGGGCCCAAAGCGACGCGGCACCGGACAGCUCCGUGUACGACACCCAGACGCCCUCGAGCAGCGACCAGCUGCAUCACAACAACUACAAUAGCUACAGCGGCGGCUACUCCAACAACGAGGUGGGCUACGGCAGUCCCUACGGAUACUCGGCCUCCGUGACGCCCCAGCAGACCAUGCAGUACGACAUCUCGGCGGACUACGUGGACAGCACCACCUACGAGCCGCGCAGUACAAUAAUCGAUCCCGAAUUUAUUAGUCACGCGGAUGGCGAUAUCAACGAUGUGCUGAUCAAGACGCUGGCGGAGGCGCAUGCCAACACAAAUACCAAACUGGAAGCUGUGCACGACAUGUUCCGAAAGCAGCCGGAUGUGUCGCGCAUUCUCUACUACAAGAAUCUGGGCCAAGAGGAACUCUGGCUGGACUGCGCCGAAAAGCUUACACAAAUGAUACAGAACAUAAUCGAAUUUGCUAAGCUAAUACCGGGAUUCAUGCGCCUGAGUCAGGACGAUCAGAUAUUACUGCUGAAGACGGGCUCCUUUGAGCUGGCGAUUGUUCGCAUGUCCAGACUGCUAGAUCUCUCACAGAACGCGGUUCUCUACGGCGACGUGAUGCUGCCCCAGGAGGCGUUCUACACAUCCGACUCGGAGGAGAUGCGUCUGGUGUCGCGCAUCUUCCAAACGGCCAAGUCGAUAGCCGAACUCAAACUGACUGAAACCGAACUGGCGCUGUAUCAGAGCUUAGUGCUGCUCUGGCCAGAACGCAAUGGAGUGCGUGGUAAUACGGAAAUACAGAGGCUUUUCAAUCUGAGCAUGAAUGCGAUCCGGCAGGAGCUGGAAACGAAUCAUGCGCCGCUCAAGGGCGAUGUCACCGUGCUGGACACACUGCUGAACAAUAUACCCAAUUUCCGCGACAUCUCCAUCUUGCACAUGGAAUCGCUGAGCAAGUUCAAGCUGCAGCACCCGAACGUCGUUUUUCCGGCGCUGUACAAGGAGCUGUUCUCGAUAGAUUCGCAGCAGGACCUGACAUAACAAGAGCAGCAGCCGUUCCUGGAGACGACCGCGGACGACGUUGCCGAGGAUGCGGCUGCCACCGGAUGUGUCUUGCCGCCGGUGGCGCCCCCUGCCGGGCAGCAGCCAGCGCUGCUCGAGGACUGAGGGCCGCAGGAUGUGGCAACAAUAAUUAUUUGAGUAAACACUGCACUGCGCAUGCAGCAGAUACAAGAACUUUAUCAUGAUUUAAGCUAGCAUACAACCAAGGAUGUGAUCCUCGCCAAGGACUCACUUAAAAAGAACUCUAUCUAUAUACAUAUAUAUAUUAUAUAUGACAGAGCGGAUGACGCAAAGGGAAGGGAAAAUAUUUCAAAAAUAUUGUUAACUCAGUUAAGACUUUUGCUUCGUAGAGAACCGAAACAGAAACCGAAACAGAAACCGAAACCGAUUGCAUUUCGAGCAAGGGGCAUCAAACUGAUUUUCGAGGUUAUACUACACAUAUAGUACACACCCAUAUAUACAUAUAUAUGUAACUUCUAAACUUUCAUAUCCAGGCCCGAGCAGAUCAGAUCGACUAAGUACUUAAAACCAAGCGAAAUUCUCUACACCGCACAGCCCAGAACCCGUAGACCCCAAUAAUUCAAUUCGGUUAGUGUUAACCCCAGAAAGCCCGAAUCCGAUCCCGCCUAGGUUGUCUUUGCCUUAUGUUGUAACUAAAGUAUGUGUAUCAUAUAUACAGCAGAUGUAUGUAUAACUAUGUCGUAUCGGUUAUAUACCUAACAACAUUAUUUUUUGUAAACAACAAAAUCGAAUAUCUCGGAAAAUGUGUUCUUAUAAUUAUAUUGAUUAAUGCAAUUACAAUAUAUUUACAAUUUACCGUUACGUUUUUACAUUAUACAUAAGACGAAGAGAAGGAAACGGAAGUUUAAGGAUUAGGAAGCUAAAUAAAGAAAGGCUUACGGACGAGAUGAGCGAUGAGUAGCAGUUAAAGUGAGCGAGAAAUCGAAAGAAUACCAGAAAAUUUCAAGCAAGCACAUAAAAGUAUGCAAUAUUUUGUUUAAAAACAACUUUUUAUUAGUUUCUUAAAUAUAACAUAAUUACGUACAUACACACACGUAUAUAUAGGGCUAUAUAUAUCUAUAUAUAUACAUGAUAGACAAAUCCCAAUCCGGUUCCAAGGUUUAGUAAAAAUAAAGAGAAAUAAAACGAAAAACAAAAACUUUUGAUAUGAAAUCCUACGCAUAAUUAACAACUUUUAUUGUUUCUAAGACUUAAACUUAAACAAAAUGGAAACCAAAACAGACUGACGGACCGACCCCGACAGCAUGCCACGCCCUCCCCGCCCCUCCCUCCGCAGAUCCUGGCAGAAAUUUCGAAGGAGUUUGAUACACAAACCGAGAAAACAAAUCUUCAAAAGAAUAUAAAGACAAACGGCGACUUUUUGGUUAAUACAUUUUAAAGGAAUAUACAAUUAAAUAUCUGACUGACUAUACAAAGACGUUACACACACGCAUACACACACAUACACGCAUGCACACACAGCUUACAUUACAUAAAUUAGUUAAACUUAGAGUAAACAAACGACAACAAACACAUUGGAUAGUAGGUGAUAAUUGGUGUGUCUUAAAUAAACCUUUCCCCCUUCCCGCCCCGCCCACUUGCUUAAUACCCAACGCCCCAAAGCCCCACAUUUUUACUAAAUUUAAAGCUUAAUCAAAACUUUUUUGAAAUUAUUCAAGAGAAAAUUUCAGCAGGCAGGCAUAAAUAUUAAUUAACAUUAAUUAUAGCAAGGAAACUUAUAAAUAAAAUGUAUACAAGAAAACUAAAAAAAUUAAAUAAAUUACAUUUUGCAAAUUCCACAAAAAAGAAAAACAUGAUUUUGCAACUUCACUUAAAAUCCUUCCCCUGAAUCCAAACGAAAAAUAUUUACACUAGCUUACAUAGAACUGGGACGAGGACAUCAAUAUUUCAAUUGAAAAAAUCUAUGUUAAUGUAAUCGAUCGAUUUGGACAUAUUUAAGUUCGACAUUUUUGGCCUUACAAAACAAAAAACAAAAAGAAGAAACCUAAAGUACUUUAUAUAUAUACAAAACCAUAUAUACAAUAUAGAGAAUACAAAACUAGUUUUAAUUUAUACAAAGCAAGGGAGCAGCUUUCAAACUCAAAACAAAAAUAUCCCCCAAAAACAACAACUUUGUUAAAAACUACGCAUAAUAAAGAAAAUAAUAAACAAAGUUAAUCUAUAAUAUAAAUUGAAGUUAAGUUGGUUUGAGCGGUCGACAAGAAGAACAUAAAUGUAUCUUUAAAUGAUAUAUGUAUUGUUAAAUUUGUAUGCUAAGUUUUUAGAAAGGUUACAUUUUUAAAGAAUAACAGAAGAUCGCGAAUACGACAAGGUGUAAAAUGAGUACAUUUAAAUUAAAAUUUAGCAUAUAUAAUGCAUAAAUAUUAUGUUACGAUAUUUACAUUUAUAUAAAACAAAACAAAAAACUAAAGAAAACCGAAAAAAAACAGAAGUCCCAUAUUAAAAUGAAAUAAAAUGAACAGAAGCUAUAAACUGAUAAGGGAAUUCUGAAUCUUAAAAAUAACAGAAACCGAAAAAGGUAAACAAUUAAUUAUACAAAACCAAAAACUUAUAAAGAAUGAAAGGCAAAUUAUAUAUUAUAUAUAUGAUUAAGUAGCAUUAGGCCGACUGUUGCACAUAAACACACACCUCACACCCACAACUACACUCAGACAAACUCACACUUGCUAAUAGGAAAAGCUGCGAAAAAAGGAGCUUUCAUAAACACAUUAACAUUAAGUCAUUAAUUUUUUCAGUGGGUAAAAAGCAAUACGAAAUAGUAACUGACAUGAGUACAGUGGAUACUCGCCAGAAUAGAUCUUAAUUUUUCCAUUUUAUUUUUAUUUGUAAAUUUAAAGUUUGACUGAGCAUAAUCUGAUUAAUUGGGGUUUCCACCAUUUAACAACCAUUUGUUGGAACGACUUAAAUUUAUUUAAAAUAAUGCCCAUCUCGUUACCUAAUAACCACUGUACUGUCUGUAUAUUUUAAAUUUUUUUCAUCUCACUUUUGAAUUUCCUGACCGACAAAACGUGGCGUAUGAGUAAUAAUAACUAGUCCGCAAACUUUGUUAUUUUUAUUUCAGCAAGUUAGACUCCGAGCAUGCUUAAUUUCAAACAAUACUAUGCGAUACUAUUCAGUUUUUUAUGCCAGGGCACGAACAUAAAUAAAGCCGAAAUUAACAGAUAAACCGAUAUAUUAUUUGUGUAUGUGGAUCGGUUGUAAACAAAUAAGGCGGAGGCACACGAAUGUUGCAUAAACCGAAAACAAAAACAGACUAGGCAUCAGCUAUCGAACAGGAAUAAACGAUAUUUUACCACGUGCAUAAAAUGGAGAGGAAAUCAUUUUUUAUAAACUAUCACACAUUCACAAACAAACACAACACUCUCACACGCAUGUAGCUUUAGUUUACUAGGUGAAUUCGUUUUUAUAUAUUUGUAAAUUGUUUUUAGGUAAAUUGAAUUAUGUAUACACAGACAUUUACAGACAUAUAUAUAUAUGAAUAUAUAUAUAUAUAUAUAUAUGUAUAUAUGAAUCUCGAUACAUAUACACGCAUAUAUAUGGAACAGAUUAUAUAUAUUAUGUCAACUUCAUUAUGAUUAUUACGAUUAUUAUGAUUCAAUACAGAAACUAGAAAAAGGCAAGCAUCAAAUGGUGAAAUCAAGCAACCAAAAUAUCCGAGAAUAAAGUGCUGGAAAAGCCGUUCAAGCCGCAGUUGAAGAUGCAGAGAUCGGAACAGAGCAGAAAUAAUUCAAUUCAUUCUUAACAAUAAAAUGUAAUCUGAAUUAUACAAAACAAAACAAAAAAAGAACAA